AUGGCUACUGGAAACCGCGUUCCGGAGAAUUUUCAAACUCUUUCGCCUAUAGUAAAAACGCCGCUUUCCGACACGCUCGCGCUUCCGCUUUCGCAGCAAGGUCGCCUUUGCGGAUUCUUCGAGUCGCAAUUCUAUCGCUGCAUGGAAGCAUACGGAGCAAAAUUGGGACGCAAAUAUUGCGAUUUGGAGCAUAGAGAUUAUAAUGAGUGCUUGACCGGCGACAAGCAGAAAAAGCGCGCAGAAGCGAUCAGCGCCCAGCGCCGAAAACUAUUUGUCGAGGGCAAAAUCGACUCGCCAUAUCUCGAAAAUCAUCCAGAGCCGGGACAUUACAAGCCGGAUCAUUUUUCCUGGAACAGAAUUAACUAG